AUGGAGGACGACAAGGCAGAGGACGAGGAGGAAGGGCUUACAGGGGAGGAAGAUGUGGUGGAUGCCGCUGCCGAGGAAGGGGAUGGGAUGGCUCCGGACGAGGAGGGGGGUGAGGCAGAUGUAGAGAUGGGAGGUGCGGAUGAGUGGAGCGAGGAUGUAGACGACUGGUGGGCAGCAGGCCGCUAUGAGGGAGAGGAAGUGGAGGAGUGGGUUGCGGGCGAGGAUGACUGA